AUACCGCGAUAAGGAACGCUGGUGUCCGCUCGCGACAUGCUGCUCCGGUUGUCGACGGCAGAUCUGAGAACGGAAAUCGAUCAGUAUGGAAGACGAGGAGCACAAAAACAAGUACCGUAAGGUCUGCUGUUGAAGCAGAAAUUCCGGGGGCAUCGGCAGAACGCAGUAGAGAUCGUACAACCUCAGGUUCAUCGAGUAUAUCUUCAACUCAAGAAUAACAAGGUGAUCCUCUUGUGCCUAAAGCUAAUGUUCAUGGAGGAAGAACAAGAACAAAUGCGCCGUUGUUUACCGUUGGCGUUUCAGCCGCGGUUAGGGGCGGACAUGUGAUUUUGGAUGCCCAAGGACGG